AUGGGACGUGGCCGUGGUGGGCCUAGGGAUGAUGGAAGGCGCAUGGGGUAUGGUAGAUCAAGAGGUGAUUAUGGUCCCGUGUUAUCCAGAGAUCUCGACAGCACCUACGACGAGAAAGUUAAUAGAAACUAUGCCAACAGUAUCUUCAUCGGUAAUUUGACGUACGAUUGUACCCCUGAGGAUUUGAAAGAUCAUUUCUCUGAGGUCGGCGAAGUUGUCCGUGCUGAUAUAAUUACUUCCAGAGGCCAUCAUAGAGGUAUGGGGACCGUUGAGUUCACAAAUUCAGAUGAUGUUGAUGAGGCUAUUCGCAGAUAUGAUAGUUCGUAUUUCAUGGACCGUCAGGUUUUUGUUAGACAGGAUAAUCCACCUCCGGAGAGUGCUCGUGAAAGACCCCCAAGAGAGGCAAGAGAACGUGUCAAGGCAAGAGAUCAAUACCCACAGCAUCAAUAUCCUGCAUACGAGGUCUUCGUUGCUAACCUUCCAUAUUCUAUAAACUGGCAAGCCUUGAAAGAUAUGUUCAAAGAAGUCGGUAAUGUGAUUAGAGCAGAUGUCGAGUUAGAUCGUAAUGGUUACUCUAGAGGUUUCGGUACCGCUAUCUUCGGUACCUCAGAAGAGAUGCAAGCAGCAAUCGAAAGGUAUAAUGGGUACGAGCUUGAGGGCAGGGUUUUAGAUGUAAGGGAGGGUAGAAACGCUCCUGGCCCUGAAACUGCACCUGUAGCUCCUCCAGUGGCUGCUGAAGCUGAGGUUCCACAGAAAUCUGAAUUCACAGAGGGUGUCCUUGGUGGUGGUGAAAGAAACAACUUAAUUUACUGUACUAAUCUACCAUUAUCAACCGCAACCAGUGACCUGUAUGAUCUAUUCGAAACAAUAGGUAAAGUGAACAACGCAGAACUCAAGUAUGACGCUGACGGUCAACCUCUUGGUAUUGCAGUCGUCGAAUAUGCAAAUAUCGAGGACGCCGACGUUUGUAUGGAAAGGUUGAACAACUACAACUACGGUGGUUGCGAUUUAGACAUAUCCUACGCUAAGCGUGAAUGA